UUCAUUUAGAGCGCCUAUCUUGGAUCAGCCGACCCUCUCGGAUGUUAUACCAACACAAAGACCUUGUUGACGGAGAUACCGGGAUGUGUACGGAUGUGUGUGAGAAAGAAAGGACUGACUUUUCCUUAAACUUGUAGCAAGCUCCUCCAUUCAGUAAGUUGAGCGGUUGAUGAAACUUUUCUUGAAUGAGUAUCCCGCCGCUGGCUGGCACAUCUGGACUCAGGGUAGACGGAGCUGUCAAAUCUCCAGCGCCAACUUUUAGCCGGACCUGACCUGACCCCCUUUUUUACUUUGUCCUCCCUAAACUUUUAGGCGGAAUAUUGGACUCUUUUCUUUUCUUUUUUCUUUUUUUAAUUCUUUUUUUUUUUCAUAAUUACAAAACAAAAUGGAUCACUCAGUGCUCAGAGUAACAUGCAUCUUGGUGGUUAUCUGUAUCUUGGAUAAAAGGGUAGACUCCAAUGAAAUCUUGGGCCUGAAGCUCCCCAACAUCGACCCAAUCCUGAACGCCAACACGGUGUGUCUGACAUUGCCGGGCUUGACACGGCGCCAGCUGGAGGUGUGCAUGCGGAACCCGGACGUGACGGCAUCAGCAAUCCAGGGAAUCCAGAUUGCCAUUCAUGAGUGCCAGCACCAGUUCAGAGGCCACCGAUGGAACUGCUCCAGCCUGGAGACUAGGAACAAAAUACCCUACGACAGCAUAGUCUUUAAAAGAGGUUUUAGAGAGAGUGCCUUUGCGUAUGCCAUUGCAGCAGCAGGCGUGGUGCACGCAGUGGCCAACGCCUGCUCCAUGGGCAAACUGAAGGCAUGCGGCUGUGAUGAGAAGCGACGUGGGGACGAGGAGGCCUUUCGCAUCAAACUGCACCGCCUGCAGCUGGAGGCCAUCCACCGGGGGAAGGGUAUGGUACAUGGCGUCAUGGAACACUUCCCCGCCGACCUGCCGGGACCCCAGGACUCAUGGGAGUGGGGCGGCUGCAGCCCUGAUGUGGAAUUCGGAGAGAAGUUCUCGCGGGACUUCCUGGAUGCCCGCGAGACCUACAAAGACAUCCAUGCUCGUAUGAGGCUGCACAACAAUAGAGUUGGGAGACAGGUGGUGCUUGACCACAUGAGAAGGAAAUGCAAGUGCCACGGGACGUCGGGGAGCUGCCAGCUGAAGACCUGCUGGCAAGUCACCCCAGAGUUCCGGGUGGUGGGUUCAAUCCUCAAAGAGCGCUUCCACAUCGCCACGCUUAUCAAGGCUCACAACCGGAACACCGGACAGCUCGACCACUCCCACCACAACAACCACCAUAACCAUCACAGCCACCACAACCACCACCAUCACCAUCAUCAGAACAACCACCAUCAUCACCACCACACACAUCGACGACGGCCAAGCAUCAACGAACUGGUCUACUUUGAAAAGUCGCCAGAUUUCUGUGAACGGGACCUGGGGUCAGACUCAGCCGGAACACAGGGCCGGAUCUGCAACAAGACCAGCCAUGGCAUGGACAACUGUGAGAGUCUGUGCUGCGGUAGAGGCCACAACAUCCUACAGCAGACGCGGAGUGAACGCUGCAACUGCAAGUUUCACUGGUGCUGCUAUGUGGUCUGCGAAGAGUGCAGGAUAACAGAGUGGGUCAGUGUCUGUAAAUGAAGAAACACGCACCAAAAGACUAAAUAAAGAAAACAAAGAAAAAGAGACAUUUUUAAAUCAAGCCUAUUAAUUUGAAAGGGGAAUAUGACUGUAAUAUAUGUGCCCCGUACCUUUUUGCGGUGGACUGCUGUUUUCCAGAAGAGCAAGGACAGAGUGUGAAGCAGUUGAGCCAGCAGAAAGAUAGAUGUACAUGUUGGUAAAGAGUGUGCACAUGCAGCAUAUGUCUAAAGCUGCCACAACUCAGAGACCUUGGAUGUUUACUGCUUUCCUCUUGAGACAACAGAUAAUAUAGUUAGAUAUGAAAAAUAUCUGAAAACUCCAAAUAUGAAAUCUGAGCUCCGAAAACGACAAAUUAUUGUUGUUUCAUCAGUAAAUGUUGACUAACGUACAGCUGCAUGAGAUUCAGGUGAGCAAAAAGGAAGGUCAGCAGUAGGUUGCAUGCAGAAAGAAAAAUAACGUUGCUUCAUAGCACUAGCGACAUAUAAAGUGGAAAAGCUGAUGUCUGCAUAAUAUGAGACUUUAAAAAUGGGGACAGACAUUAAUUUUUUUCUUUCAAACAGAUCACACUCUAUACAGUAAUCCCUCCAUUAUCUAUAUGAUAACUUACAGCAUAAACACAGCCAUGUUACACAGAAUUUGCUAUGUCUCCAUCAGCUACAUACAGAGACAAAUAUAGAUCUUUUCACACAUCAGGAUUUACAGGAUUUGACAUAGCACAACACUUCUGGAGUGCUCAAGGAUUUAGUGUGUUGUUCAAGGGUAGUUUUGGUUUUACUGUUUUUAGCAGAUGUUAUGUUUACCUAGAACUCAUCAGGGAUUUGUCUGGCUCAACUGACGCUCUGGAGACGAAUCAGUCAAUAUCACUAUGUUGUAUACAAAAUUCACACCUUGCUAAAAGUAAUGACAUCACUCACACAAUUUAGGGAAGACUAUUUAAAUUAGAAGUUUGCAUUAAAGCAGCAGGCUUAACAUGAAUGAUGGCCACUGUGUGAAGGAGAAUAUUACAUGAUGAUCAGAGUGGCUGAAGCUAGAGCCAAUCAAAAAAACAGAUCUGAUAGCCUGAUUGUUGGUGCCACAUCCUGGGAUUCCUCAUAUCAUGCCCUCACAACUGUAAUGGAGGAUGGUGAAAUAAAAAUCACACAAAUCAGCUUUCAAUAGAGUAAGAACAAGCACCACUCCUACACACUAUUCACUAUUCAAGAUUCAUUUUGUGAAUCCAUUUGAAAAUGACUGUUUGCAAACCAUUUGUGACACAAACUUGUACAUCUGUAUUCAGACCUCCCUAAAACACAGCACAGAUACGUUGUCCUGCAUUAACAUUACCCAAAAUGUACCAUGUGUGGUCUGUGCCUGUGUGUGGUGUGUAAUGUCAGAGUGCAGAGUAGACCCUAAUUUAACAAAUGCAGUUUUCAUCUUCAGCACGACCUGAACAGCAAUGUAAAUAAAACAGUAAGUAAUGCUGCACAAAUAUCAUCAAUACAUUUAAAGUGCCUCAGGAAACUGAGUGCACAUGAACAGGCUUCAGUUCCUCACACAAUAAACAUCCUAGGUUGUCAUCAGUCAAAGUGUUUCCUGUUUUGUGAUGCAAAGUACUGUGUGCGACACUGUAAGCUUCUUGUAAUAUAUCUACACUCACCUUCUUCACACUUCUUUGAUGUGUACAACAGAGAUAUUUUGAUGUCAACUUUAAAGUAUAUAAAUAACAAAGUUGAUAUGGAUUUCUGCCUAUGCACAUUUUGAAGAUCAUAUUUGGUCUCAAGUAACUAUUAUGAGUGAGGCUCCUUAUCAGACAGUGUAAUUUAUUUCAAGCAGAUAUGUUUGUGUGUUAAAAACAGAGGAAAAAAUAAUAAUAAUCUGGGAUUAUGUUUCCAGUGUAACAGGUUAUUUUGAUUCUGAUAAGUAGUUUGCACAUACAGAACUGUGUCCAGGAAAACUCUGGGAAAAUAUCAGCAAUAUGCAUUUUUUUUAAUGUCAUAAAUGUAAUGUAUGUCUGUAUUUUUAUGUUUUAAUAUGAUUAUUAUCUAAGUUAUUUUAUUUUUGUGGAUAACUUAAUAUUUGUAAGACAAUAAAGAAAGACCAUAAUAUUGAAAGGGGCUUUAAUGU